AUGAUUUUGUAACCAAAUUCAAAGCUAAAAUGCUAAAAAGAUAAUCAUCUGGAUGAGAUAGACACAGUUUGUUAUAAUCAAUUCUGUACAGAAUUCAGAUUAAUUUGUUUUAGAUGUUUAAAGUAUGGAAGAAUCCAUCAUGAUCAUUUUAAAGAUGUUGAAAAAAUCAGCACCUUAAUAACAAAUAUUGAAGAUAAAAAUCAAGAAUGUGAUAAUUUUAUUGAAGAACUCAGUAAAUAUGUAGAAAGUGUGAAUCAAACAUUAUCUUCAUUUAAAAUGGGGAUCAGAUCCAAAUGUUCAUUUUAAAAGGAAUAAUUAGUGAAUUUGAAUUCACAGUUAAUAAAUGAUUAUUUGAAUUCAAGUUUCCAAUUAAUUGAAAAAAAUAAUUAAUAACAACAAUCAUUUUAGAAUAGACUAAAAAAUUAAAUGAUAUAUUUAAUAAUUUAUAUGGAGAAUUAUACUUAUACAUCAUUUACUAUUACUAAAUUAAAGUAUUUGUUAUAGGAUGUAUAUCACAAUUUAAUUUUUAUUAGAUUGAUGAGAAUUCAAAAAUAUUAUCCAAAGAAUUAUUUUAUUUAAGGUAAUUACAUUAUAUUAAUCCUUACGCUAUGA